AUGGCAACCUCUUGGCUUCCUCCCAUAUGCCGCGAUGACGAACUCAUUGACGAAUUCAAUCAUGCUGGUCCCGGUACUGAUGGGGAGUGGACGUACUAUGUGGACCAGAGCGGCAAUAGAACUAUGACUGUCGAGGAGGUAUCGCGACUCGCUGAGAUGGAAGGCGAUGAGGCAACUUUCUGGACGACUCACGAAUGGCACCUUGUACAUUGUCUUUUUUACUGGAAGAAGGAAUCACGAGCGCGAAAGUCUGGAAAGAUGAUGCUUGAGAAGAGUUUUGACGGAGGUGACCAUAUUGACCACUGUUAUGUUGCUUUUCAGAGCGGUUUGCCUCUCCAGAUGAUCAAUACGCGGUCUUCAGCCGGGCUCAAUGCGGAUAAAAUGGAUUAA